CUCUGAUCUCUUAUCUCAAACUUAACCAGCCCCGGUGGGCUCAGCAUAAAUUACCACGGUGAUUUACCCCGGGGAGAAGAGAACUGGCUUCGUGGGACGGAAAAAAAACAGAGUUAAACCGGAAGUAACCUCGAAAACCGCAAAUCCAAGUGUGGUGUGUUUUGUUUAGUCAUUUGAUUUAACCAUUACAAUAACUCGACAGACAGUCUUGUUAUCACCGCCGUGACUCCGCCCCCCGCGCCUUAAAGAACUCAACCAGCAGCCGAUGACGUCAUCACGGGGACGUGACGCCGGACGACUGUUCCAGUGAAGAAAAGAAAUGGCGAUGCUCGGAGGCUUCAGCGCAGCACAGCACAAGAAAAGCGUCUCAGACGGCAGCGGCGACGUGUCAGAGUUCGUCUGUCCGGUCUGCCUCGAAAUCUUCGACAGUCCCGUGAAAACACAAUGCGGCCAUACGUUUUGCCAGAGUUGUCUGCAGGAGUGUUUGCGACCACAGAAGCCUGUUUGUGCUGUAUGUCGUGCAACGCUGGGCCACUGGACUAAAGCUGCUGACCUAGAGGCCCUCAUCCAAUCAUCCAUGGCAGCUUGCAAGGGAUGUGGAACUCAGAUUGGCCUUUCUCACAUGAGAAGCCACACAGCUGCCUGUUCAAAAUACCAGGACUACAUUGAGGAGGGAGUGAGGACCACUGCCCAGAGUCAGCCUGCCAUCAUCAGUCCAGUGCCAAAUCGCUACACGUUCACCUGCCCGUACUGCAGCUGCCAGAACCUCGAUCAGGAUGGCCUGGUCGAACAUUGCACUUCACAGCACUCUCGAGAUGCACGCCAAGUAGUGUGUCCCAUCUGUGCCUCAAUGCCUUGGGGGGACCCCAGUUACAGGAGCACUGACUUUUUCCAGCACCUGAAGAUCAGGCACACCUUCUCCUAUGAUACCUUUGUUGACUACUCUACAGAUGAGCACACUAUGAUCCAGGAGGCUCUACAGCGCUCCCUGUUGGACAACUGACGUGUGAGGGACAAUCCGAGAGUGAAGGGGAGACGGUGAAGUCUUGAGAAGACAAAACAACACACUUUAUCAUCAUUCAUCUACCAUGAGGAUGGUGGUAGUGUAUUAAUGAGUGAUCAGUUUCACAGGGAAUUGUUAUUGUAACUAUGAAUCUAUAGGUUUAUUAUUCAGAUAAUAAAUCAAGCAAUAUGGUUAAAAAAAGCAUAUUGUACUGUCUGAUGUAGGAGUGAUACUGGUGUUCCUGGUGUGAUAAUCUCUUAUCUUCCCCCAGUCGAGUCUGUAGAUUUGAUAGUUUGUUGAAUAUCUAUUAAACUAUGUUUAUGAAGCUGUUCAAUGAUGACACGGUGUCAAAUAGCCAAAAACUUCCAAAGUUGUAAUUAAUUCCCUGUUGUCAAUACUUGAUGUUAUAAAAGGGUUUGACCACUAGGUGGCUAACUAUUGCCAGCAAACAACUAACUUCACUCGGUGUGAAGUGAUCGGUCAAGUAAUGUUAACAAUAAUAUAUAAUAAUCUACUCAAGAGUGACGAUGCAUGUUUACUCUCAAAAGAGAAAAGGGUUUUUCUUUUUUAAGUUUAUUGGCAGAUGGAGGCUCUGUCUUUCUUAUGCUGUUUAAGUGUGUGUGAGAGUGUGAGAGAGAGAUGUUCACUCUGUUUUCAGAGAUCUACUGGAAAGAAUAAAUAAUACAAGGGUCAAACAAGCCAGAUAUGGCUGUUAUGCUUUAUUGUAAUGUUUCUCCCUUAUGUCUUUGUGCCUGCUGGUAGAUCCUGUUUCUGACUUCCAAAUCUCAUAGGGCUAAAACUUCAUCCAGUAAACCAACCGAUACCAGUAGGAGAUCAUUGUGUCACACUGGUCAGUCAGUUCUGUCAUGUGGCGAGAAUUUCUCUGCAUGCUUAUGGCCACAGGAGGGCAGUAGAGUUCCACGCUUCUCUCGCCACUGGUGACAGUCGCCAAGCCUCAGCCAGUCUCCUGGCUCUGUCGCGAGGCAUAAUUCAACACUGAUUUCAUUCUAUAAAUGUGAUCUACUCAAAUGUGUCGUUCUCCAGUUUAGUUAAUUGACACAGUUUUGUUCAAAUGCGUCGUACGAAACGGUCCCAGGUCUUUAGAAACUGAGCUUUUGGGGUUAUUUGUUAUAGUCUUAGCAGGAUAGCCAUAACUUCACCUUUUUUAAACAGUUGAUGAUGUGGUGUGACUUCUAAGUAUACCUAUUGUUACGUGUUUUCUUUUCACGCCUAGUGUCUCGGAUGCUUCUUCACAACAAAAAGAAAUCAUACCUCUUAACAUCACUGCCAGGAGUUCUGCAAAGAAAGAGGAAAAAAGAAAUGAUGAUAUUUAUUAUUUGUAUGCUUCCAAAUUCUGGCGGCAUGUGAAAUAACGAGAAAUUUGUUUCACUUUGCUGGAUUCUUGCUUGGUGUUUUUUAAUUUUCAAUUCUUAAAAUGUGUCUCUUAUUUUAAAUUUGUGUUGUUUUCCAGUGACUUGUAAUCGACCAUAUUCAGUAGUUCAGAUCUUCACACACAGUUGCAUUUGCAUUUGUCUUCGACCUACGGGUAAAUAAAAAUGCAUACACCCAGAUGGAGUAGCUCGAGAGCAGAACCUUAA